UCCAUCACCAUCAUCAUCGUCAUCAGCUUUAUUACAUCAGUGAUUAAUGCCAGUUACGACACAUUUACGAAUUGAAUCCCACGAUACGACAAGAAAUUUUGAUUAAGCCCGAGCACAUUCUGUGGCGAGUGUUCAGUUUACUGUCAACCAACCUGUCAUCUGCUGCUCCAAUUACUCACACUACUGAGUUGAUCUAUCUAACCAGCUGUCUGCCUAAAAAUGGCUCCUCCACUUGUGCCUCUCGCUGAGAUUCCGACCGUUUCCCUCCUAUACAAACUCAAGCGCUUGGUUCCAGUCUCCUCUCCGCUCGCACAGCCUUCCAAGGCUUUGAACGACACUGUCUCUCUGAUCCGCAACGACAUCACCAAAUUGGAAGGGGUCGACUGUAUCGUGAAUGCAGCCAACAAGUCACUACUUGGAGGAGGUGGAGUAGAUGGUGUCAUUCACCGCGCUGCCGGACCUGGUCUGCUGGAAGAAUGCCGCACCCUCGAUGGCUGUGACACCGGUGAUGCCAAGAUAACCUCUGCCUAUGACCUUCCGUGUAAACGAAUCAUUCAUACUGUUGGGCCUAUCUAUGAUCUCGAACUGCAAAGAGGGAGGGAGCGCCCGGAGACUCUGCUACGCAGCUGCUAUCGCCGCAGUCUGGAGGUUGCCGUGGAGAACAACAUGAAAAGCAUUGCUUUUUCGGCAAUCAGCACAGGGGUGUAUGGCUAUCCGAGUGAAGUAGCUGCCCGUGUCGUCCUCGACGAGACACGGAAGUUCAUGGAGAUUCCGAGCAACAUCGGGAAAUUGGAACGGAUCAUCUUCUGCAACUUUGAGCGCAAGGAUGAGAUAGCCUACGAGAAGUUUACUCCCCUGUUCUUCCCUCCAGAAGAUCAGGGUGCCCCUAGCGCCAGCAGCGACCGCGAAUCUCAACUCGAAUCUGACGGUGAGUCUUCGAAAUCGGCGGAGAUGCUCGCAGCAAAGCUUCCCGACCCACCGACCGUUGAUCCUGCCUUGAACGGAGAACCGGAGACUAAGAAGCAAAAGGUUAACGCGGGCCAGACCGAACGUAGCGGUAGAAGCUACAUGGAGGAUUUCUCUAUCAGAUCUGACGAUGACUGGGAGGAGGUUGACAAAUCGGAAGAUGGCCGCACAGAGAAAUUGGACGACGAGCCCGUUGAGGUUGAUAGGCCUCCCUCUGCGACUGAUGUGCAGAGCGUUCAGUCCAGUGGGAUCAUUGAGAUGGACGGUUCCAACGCUUCAGACAGUGUGCUGGCAAAGGAUUGGUAGUCGCAUUGUUCCAGCCGACCAUGAGAUAGUUAAUGCAUUGAGUGAUGCAACGUAUGCUUUGAGCUUGGCGUUGAAGGGAUUGAUUUAUGGGUAGCGCUUAUCGACAUGCAGCGCGGUUUUAAUGAGAUAUCAUCCUGGUAUGUGGCAUGUCUCUACGACUGGGCUUUCACUUCUCG